AUGCCCCGCUCCGACGAGGCAGACUGGUGGUUCAACGCCGUCUACGAAGCCGUUCAAUCCAUUCCCUACGGCAAGGUGACCUCCUAUGGGCAUAUCGCCCUUCUACUUGGCGAACCUAAACGACCCCGUCAGGUUGGAAUCUGUCUCAAACAUCUCCCCUCAGAUACCUCGCAGCACUUCCACUCAGGCAAUGUGCCCUGGCAGCGGGUGAUUAAUUCCAAAGGGAUGAUAUCUCAUCGGUAUGUUGAUGAGAUGCUUUCCAAAUUCCAUGAUGCUGAUUUCUGCAGGGGACCCGGGAGUGCUGAGCGCCAGGCCGAGGCGCUGCGCCAGGAAGGUGUCCAGGUCGAUGUGGAUAGCAUGGGCGACUUCUACGUGGAUUUUGCACGGUAUGGCUGGUUCCCGGAACGUUUGCCUGGGGAGGAAUCCGAGGAUAGUGAAGAUGAAGGCGAUGCUCAAUAA